AUGGUUAAAGUCCUUCUUACUGGCGGUAGCGGCUUUAUCGCUGCUCACAUCGUGGACGUUCUUUUGCAACAUGGUUUUGAGGCUGUGGUGACUGUUAGAUCCGAAGAAAAGGGCAAACGCAUUAUUGACGCCCACCCUGACAUCCCCAAGGGAAAGCUGUCGUAUAUUAUAGUCAAAGACGUUGCUCAGGAUGGAGCAUUCGACGAGGCCGUCAAGUCCACACCGCCAUUUGACUAUGUCCUUCAUACAGCAUCGCCAUUCCAUUAUAACAUCAGUGAUCCCGUAAAGGACUUCUUGGAUCCUGCGAUCAAGGGAACCACAGGCAUUCUUAAGUCUAUCAAAGCAUAUGCUCCCUCCGUGAAGCGAGUGGUCAUCACGUCAUCUUUCGCUGCCAUCUUGAACAGCGACAGGCACCCCAAGGUCUACAGUGAGCAGAAUUGGAACCCGGUCACCUGGGAAGAAGCUCGGGAUCAUGCAAAGGUCUACCGAGCUAGCAAGACCUUUGCCGAGAAGGCUGCAUGGGACUUUAUCGAACAAGAGAAGCCUAACUUCAAUAUUGCUACCAUCUGCCCACCCCUGGUUCUCGGUCCAGUUGUCCAUUACCUGAAUUCCUUGGAUGCCAUCAACACAUCCAAUCAACGAAUCCGUGACAUGAUCCAGGGUAAAUUUAAGGAUGGACUCAGCCCAACUGGCAUAUUCAUCUGGGUCGAUGUCCGCGACGUUGCCCUGGCACAUGUCAGGGCCAUUGAGGUGGCUGAGGCAGGUGGCAAGAGAUUCUUUGUCGUUGCUGGGUACUAUUCUAACAAGCAAGUUGUUGAUGCUAUUCGGGAGACACAUCCUCAGCUGGAAACGAAGCUUCCUUCCACGGAUGUACCAGAUGAUUUCCCCAGCGACAUUUAUGAAAUCGAUAAUAGCAGAUCCCGAGAGAUCCUGGGUCUAAAGUAUAGGCAUCUUAAGGAUACCGUCUCCACCACGGUCGAAUCUUUGCUGGAGGUCGGUGCUUAA